AUGCCGCGUGUCACCGUCGAUCAACACGGCUCGCAGUAUUACUACGAGGACACCGGAGCUCCUCAUCAGUCAUCGGACUAUACAACGCUCAUUCUUGUCCACGGCGCAGGUUUUCAAGGUGCCGUGUUCGAACCGCUGUUUGCUCAUGCAGCAGCCCGGAACAUGCGGCUCGUAGCCGUCAACAUGAGGGACUACUAUGGUUCGACCCCGUACUCCGCGUCCGAGCUAGCCGACUUGGGCAGCACGGAUGUAGAGAGACAGGCGAAGGCAAUCCGGGCGCGUGGUCUCGAAAUCUUGACAUUCCUUCUCUGGUUCAUUCGCAAGGAGAGUAUCCCUCCUCUCUUGCCUGCGACAGAGGCCGAGGACUGGGCGAUGGAGGGAUAUCACUACUGGGCUGACGAGCUUGCGCCAAAUGACGUCGAGUUCCUGGCAGGAUACAUGCGGGCUCUGGUCCUCUAUGAUCCCGCUCCUCGCGCAUUCGGCGCCCCUAUGUCAUCGCUUCAAGACUCGUAUAAUCCAUUGAACGACUCGUCCCUAUCCCCAGAGCAAAUGAAGCGCGUCUUUCCUAGCUGGGUCUCUGGCUACUAUACCCAUUCCAAAGCCAUGCUAGACGCGUUGCCGUCUCUCAGCCGAGAUGCGCUAGUCGCAGGGUUUUCGCAGGACCCGGUCGUGGACAGCCCUAUUCAGCACACACCGACGAUACUGCGUAUGUCCGACGGAGAGCUCGCGCGCGUAGUUAACGAGGACGCAGUCGCGCAUUCGCAUAUCCUCUAUGAGCACGUAGACGGCAAGGUCUACUCAGACAACGUACGCAAGGCACUAUGCCAUACCUCCAUCUGGCCAGGACUGCGUGUCGUGCUGGUAUGGUUCAACACGAUUGGCCAGCCGGUGGACGACGCCUCCGUACAAUUCGAUUGGAAGGGGCCAAUCAUUUUCCACACUGGGAUCAGCCAGAACGCACGAUGCAAUUACUGGCCGACAUCAUACGGUCCAGAGAACCUCCAGGAAAUGUGGAGAUGCAUGCAUUGAAAAGUGCGCGCUCAA